CUGGUUGUUGGCGUUUCUACAUCUUGCCAGUUCUAUUUAUGGCGAAGAAACCAGUUUCUACCACAAUCUAUCCAAACAACGGUUCUCCGUAGAUGGUUUGAACCACAGCUCUUUGUUCGGAUAUAGUACCUCCUAUCUACACUAUAAGACACAAAAAAGUCUAAUAGUUGGCUGUCCAAAAUGUAACGAUAAAGGCAAUGUAUUCAAGUGUAAUAUAGAGAAAAACACUUGCUCGGAUAUGCCUUUUGACGCAGAUGAUCUGAAACGAGAAUCAUUCGAAGGCGGGGAGUCCGUAGAUUUUUGGCUAGGUGCGACUGUACGGGUGGGAUCUGACUUUGUUUUGGCCUGUGCUCCUCGUUACACUCAUAAAUCCGGCGACCCUUUAAAGACUAGCGGGGGAACGUUCGGCCGCUGCUUCAUGUUAAACCUUAAGAACGAGUCCACCGAGUUUGUGAAGGUAUCAUCUGUCACUUUUGAGGAGAAAAGGAAAUACGCCAACCUGUUGUACCACGCGGGAAAAGACGACAAUAUCUCAAUUGAAGAAGAAAUGGAUUCUUUUGGAUGGAGCGUUCACAUUGCAGAUGAGGGCAAAGUUAUAGUUGGUGGACCCGCAAUGGCUAAUGGCCGAGCUAUGUUUUAUAAGACGCUCGACAAUCCCGCACUGAUCAAAAUAACGCUAAAGGACUCUCAGUUUAAUUUUGGUUACAGUAUUACGUCAGGACGCUUCAAAGCUGAUAAUAAUGCUAUAUACGCAAUAAGUAGUCCGUACGGAACUGAUGGAAUAGGAGUGGUAAUGUUCUUCGACAGUAAAGGAAAACCAAUUCGCAAUUUUAAGAGUAUAAAACAUAACAAGGUAGGAGCUUUAUUCGGAGCGGCAUUAUGUAGUGCCAAGUUAGAAGCCACCCGUGACGCUCUCCUGGUGGGUGCACCGGUUUCCACGGUUGACAGAUCUGGAUCUUACGACGUCGGUGCUGUUUAUGUGUAUACUUUCAGAAUACAGAAUGAAAGUAGUAUAUCUAAGAUACUAGAAGCAAGCGAAAGGAGAGUACUGAAGGGCUACAAAAAUGGCGGCUACUUCGGCAGCGCAAUUGCCAGUGUAGGGGAUUUGACCGGUGACAAUUUUGAUGAAAUCGCGAUCGCAGCACCAUACGAAAACGAAGGUCGCGGAGUAGUUUAUCUGUACUCUGGCGGUGAGCUACUGAAGGAACUGACGGAAGUACCCUGGCUUCAGAGGCUCGAGGGAGAUACUCCGGAUGAGUACUUUGGCCUCAGUCUCUCUCCGUUACAGGACUAUGACGAAAAUGGAUGCAAUGAACUUGCAAUUGGUUCACCUGGUAAUAACAGGGUAACCCUUCUAAGGUGUAUGGCGUCAGUCGCGAUCGAAAUUGAAGCCGAAAUUCCUGAUUUGACGGCGCAAACACAAGAGGUGCUUACAAAGAACACUUCUUUUAUGUUCAAAACCUGCCUUAAAGUGAUUCGAUCAGAAAAACCCAAUAUUAUAGAAAGCACUAUUUUAGUCAAUGUUACGUUAAAUCAUCCUCAUGUUAGAAUGAGAAACGAAUCCGUCGACACUGCAAUAUACACUUUUGAUGUUAAUCUGAGAACUCGACCAUCUGAAGACAAAUACUGCAACAAUAUUUUUGUUUCUGUUCCUUCUGAAGGGGAUUACGAUAAACCAAUAGAAUUCCACAUAUCGGCCAAGCUGUUGCAAGACCCUUUUAACAGAACGACGUUCAAUCCAAGACUAGUGGUUUUGGAUAAGAAAAAGAGUCGGUCGCAAGUCAAUGUCAGCAAAAUGUUCAAUUAUGCAUCUGCGCUGAACUAUACUGUUUUUACUAGUUUAAGCCAGGAUUAUCUAAUUGGAUCAACGGACAAAGAAACGGUAAAUAUCACAGUAACAAACAAUGGCAACACGGCGUACAAGCCAAGCUUGCGCGUGCAUCUUUCAGGAGUCGGUGUUUAUGAAAAAUCAAGUACAUGUCAGGCACCUGACGGCCAUAUGAUGGUGUGCUCACUGCCCGAUGUGAUAAAGAGGGGUGGAAAUUGGACUGUAGACAUAACAUUAAACGUGACGAUGCUCACUACCGAUAGCAAAUCAAUAACAUUGGAAGUUGAGUUGUUCAACCAUGGCGUCAAAGUCAGCAACAGUACCUACAUGAUUAUCAAUUUGAGACAUGACUCCAUCAUAAAACUCACAGGAUCAGAGUCAAAUUUUAGUAUAGAUAAAGAACAAUUCAUCAAAUCUGGAAAGUCCAACAUACAGCACGAUUAUGCGAUUAUAAACUUAGGUUCCAACAGACAGAACUUAAUAUGUGUGGUCACUCUACAACCGGACACAAUAACUUUGGUGUCUAUUGGAGAUCAAGAAUGUAUCAUAAUGGUAGAUACGGCAGAGUGCAUAAUAACAUGGCUUCGGAAGAAUGAGCAAAUAAUCGUAAAUGUUGUUAUAGAUGUUCCCCCUAAAUCACCAUUAAUAAAUAAAAUCGUGGAUGGCAAGAGUAACAUAACUACAAGCCUCUCUCUUUAUUAUGAUAAUACAAAGAAAUCUGUAAGCUUAACUACAUCCGUGACUCUAAUAAGCAUUGCGGUACCAACAUGGAUCAUCAUAGUUGCAGUUCUGGUCGCUCUUCUGGUUAUUGUUGUACUAGCAUGGGCUCUACAUGAAUGCGGUUGCUUGAGAAGAAAGAACAAAGAAGAAUUAAAGAAACUAAAACAGGACAUUAAAAGACAAACUACGAGACGAUCAAUACGCCUGCGCGAGAGUAUGAUCGAAGUAAUAGCCAAUCAACAAGCGACAGAUGACCAAAAACCGCUCGUUGGUCUCUCGGACGAUAAAAAAACAGCGAGCUGUGAGGAACUCGACUUAAGACUAAAUCUUUCUGUAAAUGAGAUAAAUGAAGAAAUCGCUAAACUUGAGGCGGAAAAGAAUUGCAACGAAACAAACGCGUCAAACGAUCAGUUAACAAAGCCCGGUGACGCUAAAAACAGGAAGGACGUUAAGCGGUUACUAGGCCCAAAAGUUAUUUUUUGAUUUGUUACUUAGACUUAAAGUUGACUUAGACUUUCUUGCUCAUUCUUCUUAGGAGAAUCUGCCCUACGAAAGAGCAGUAGAGUUUAAUCAGUAUGACGUUUUCAAGUGUAAUUUACUUACCUAUGAAAAAAAAGUUAUUUCACUUUGACUCUAACUAAUCAUUAUUUAAUUUUUUUAUGUAUUCAAUAUGUGUUUUGAAUAAAUUAUUCUUUUUUUUAAUCAUUUUUAAAAGAUACUUUGAUAUUGUACUUAAUAUUGAAUGCA